GUCGGGUGGGGAUUGGCCGCACGGCAGCCGAGGGGGCGGGGCGUUCAGGGCGGUGCCCGGGCGGCCGAGGAGGAGGAAGAUGGCGCCGUGAGGGGGUCGGAGCCGCUGCUGCCGCCUCCGCUCCAGCCGGAAUGUUGAAGAUAAUGGCAGAGUUUCAAAAAAUUAAGUCUUGUGACAAGUGAAGGAGUCGCCUCCCAGAAAACCUACCAAUCGUGCUGGUGUGAAUGUUCCAGCUGGCUUCUAACAGGCGUUACUACUGGCUGGAAAUGGGUUCUCAUUGGCUGGCGCGAUUGAUCAAGAGGACAGCAUGGCCGCCACUGCAGCAGUGAGUCCUAGUGAAUACCUGCAGCCUGCUGCCUCCACAGCACAGGACUCUCAGCCCUCUCCACUAGCCCUGCUGGCAGCGACAUGUAGCAAAAUCGGUCCUCCCGCCGUGGAAGCCGCCGUCACUCCUCCGGCCCCGCCGCAGCCCACACCUCGAAAACUUGUCCCCAUCAAACCCGCACCAGUUCCUCUGGGUUCCAGUAAAAACAGCUUUGGGAUCUUGUCGUCGAAAGGGAACCUCUUCCAGAUCCAGGGGUCUCAGCUUGGGACGUCCUAUCCCGGGGGGCAGCUGGUCUUUGCCAUUCAGAAUCCAACCAUGAUCAACAAAGGGGCCCGCUCGUCUACGAACAUCCAGUACCAGACUGUCCCACAGAUUCAGGCAGCAGGGGGCCAGACCAUACAAGUUCAGCAGAACCUUGCCAACCAGAUUCAGAUUAUUCCCGGCACUAACCAAGCGAUCAUUACCCCUUCCUCGUCCACGCACAAGCCCGUGCCAAUCAAGCCGGCUCCCGCGCACAAGGCCGGGGCGUCAUCUGUGCAGAGCGCAAGCAACGUCGUCAAGCUGAGCGGCGGCAGCAACGUAACGCUCACCCUGCCGGUGAAUAACCUGGUGAACGCCGCCGAGCCCGGCGCUCAGGCUCAGAUCAUAGCCGAGAGCCCGUCAAAGCCCUGUAAAAAGACUAGAAAGAAAGCCAUGUCGCCGGCCCAGACGACCGCCAUGGCGGUGGCCGAGCAAGUAGAAACGGUGUUGAUAGAGACGACGGCGGAUAACAUCAUCCAGGCAGGAAAUAACCUGCUGAUCGUGCAGAGUCCUGGCUCAGGCCAGCCAGCGGUGGUGCAGCAGGUCCAGGUGGUCCAACCCAAGCAAGAGCAGCAGGUGGUACAGAUUCCCCAGCAGGCCCUGAGAGUGGUCCAGGCGGCCUCUGCCACGCUCCCUACCGUCCCCCAGAAGUCCUCUCAGAACUUUCAGAUCCAGGCAGCUGAGCCAACUCCUACGCAGGUCUACUUCAAAACACCUUCAGGGGAGCUGCAGACCGUGCUGCUUCAGGAAGCCCCGGCUGUGACGGUGGCCCCUUCUCCCACCUCGUGCAGCAGCCCCGUGUCCCGCAGCUCCCAAGCAGGAGGAAGCUGCAAAAAGCCAGCCGCACGCAAAGAACGCACCCUGCCAAAGAUCGCCCCUGCCGGAGGCAUUAUCAGCUUGAACACGGCUCAGCUGGCAGCUGCGGCCCAGGCGAUGCAGACCAUCAACAUUAACGGUGUCCAAGUCCAAGGAGUACCUGUCACCAUCACCAACACCGGAGGCCAGCAGCAGCUGACGGUCCAAAACGUCUCUGGCAACAACCUGACCAUCAGCGGCCUGAGCCCCACCCAGAUCCAGCUGCAGAUGGAGCAGGCGCUGUCCGGGGAGAUCCAGCCUGGGGAGAAGAGGCGACGCAUGGCGUGCACCUGCCCCAACUGCAAGGACGGGGAGAAAAGGUCAGGGGAUCAGGGGAAGAAGAAGCACAUCUGCCACAUCCCUGAGUGCGGCAAGACUUUCCGCAAGACCUCGCUGCUGCGGGCCCACGUCCGCCUGCACACGGGCGAGCGCCCGUUUGUCUGCAACUGGGUCUUCUGCGGGAAGAGGUUCACGCGCAGCGACGAGCUGCAGCGGCACGCCCGGACGCACACAGGUGAUAAGCGUUUUGAGUGUGCGCAGUGCCAAAAGCGCUUCAUGAGAAGUGACCACCUGACGAAGCACUAUAAAACCCACCUGGUCACCAAGAACUUGUAGGAUUAGCGGCAGCCAGACGGGGGCCGCCAGCUGGCCCUCUAAGCACUGGCUAAGCCCCGCACUGUCAUGGACAGUCCCCGGCAAGGGUACGGCGUAGGGGUUGGGCAGCCAGCCAGCCUGGGAAUCCGCAGCCGUAGUCGCGCUCCUGGCUUUGAUACCCUCCCAGAGGUGUCCGCGCGGGGAGAGGAGUCGUUGCUGAGCUUCCUUCCUUGGAAGCCACCCACCUUCCAGCACAAUCCUUGGGAAUCCAGCUCCUUCCUCCGCAGAGCGCGUCAGAGCCGGACGUUGAUCGCACGGGCCGGGACGAAGGAGAAGCUCUUAUUUCCAAAGGAAAAUGCUGACAUGGGUGCGAGCGGCAGCCCCUCCUCGCUGCGCCGCAGGCUGGGGGGACUGAACAAGCAGGGCCGUGUGUAAACGGCACAAGGAUGCCAGCGAAACUCUCACGGUGGGCCCCCUCCUCCUCCCCGCGCUUGUGAAGCUUUGACACAGCAGGGGGCAGCACUCCAAGACAGCCCACCCGGCGCUCUGCGGCACAUUCCUACUUUAUAUUUAAAAUCUAUAAAUAUCUAUAAAUAUCUCUCUAUAUAAACUCCUUUGGAAGGUCCUUUUUUUCUAUGGAAAUUGUUGCCUUACGCUCCCAGCUCCCGAGUAUGAACACUGUGUAUUGUGAGUGCUUUUUUUUUUUUUUAUUAUUUAAUUGUGCCCGGUUAAUAAUCUCCCCUCCCAAUCCUUUUCCCUCCAAAGUUCUUUUCCAAUAAUGAAUUGAAGAGGGUUUUUUUCUCUCCACUGAUUUAUUUUUCCUUUUCAUUUCCCAGUGACAUGGCGUUUCCUUUCGAAUCUUGGAUCUUUAAAUCCUCUUUUGCCCAUAAUGCCUCCACACACACACCUCCCCGCAGCCCAUCACUGUGUAUAGUGUAUAUUGUAUCAUAGACUAUAUUGCUUCCGUGUUUACUACAUGUUUCAAAAACAUAUGGCUUAUUAUUUUUGAGCUUUUAAAUUAAAAAAAAAAUCCACUUUAUUUUUUAGGUGUAACUGCUUGAGGUAUGUUUUAUGAAUUAAGUGACAGAUCUGUUAUUCUUUAUUAACGAUGUAACUGGCUGGCUGGUGCAGAGUCAGCCAAGAGUUUUUUCUUGCUAAAUAAAUUUAGUCGCCAGAGGCAAACCCAG